AUGAUGCCAAUCAAAGAUAAUAUUGAUGUUGCUAGUUAUUUAGUAACAAAGCAUUCUUCGUGGAAAGGAAAAUACAAAAGGAUAUUUGCAGUGGGUACAUCUGGAAUCACCACAUAUAAUCCUGAUAAAUUAGAGAUAACAAAUAGAUGGCUGUACAGCGAUGUCAUAUGCAUACAGCCAACUACCAAACACAUGGAUAUUGGUAUGGAAUUUACUCUUACUAUUAGGAAGGAAAAAAAAGUAGAUACUAUGAGAUUUUCAUCGGAAUAUCGAGCACACAUUCUGACAGAUGCUUUAAAGUUUAGAUCACAAUUUGCUGAAAAACCCCAAGAAAUUAUAAGACAUCAAGCUUACAAACAUCACUGGUCUGAUACAAGACUUCCUGUCGUACUAGAAGUUACAUAUAGUUCACUGGAUCAAUUGGACCCUGCAACAAAUAUUAUAUUAGCUAGCUACAACUAUCGUGAAAUAGAAGGAAUAAUAGGUGUCCGUGAUUAUCCUGGUGGUUUUGUUAUUGCCUGUGGUGGUUUUAGUCGGUUACAUUUAUUUGCUGCACCAAAUUUUAAUGAAAUUAAACAAAAAAUAGUGGAUUAUGCUGCACAAUUUGUAGGUAUCAACAUUAAAGUUUUAUCAGAUACAAUUACAUUGGAAACAGUGCAGGCACAAAGAUUUGGAAAAUUUAGUGGUGAUGACCAUCAAACUUCCGUGUCUGAAUUUAAUGUGCAAAAACACAGUCCCAGGCACAUUGAAAAACCAAGGCGACACCUAUGCUUAACAGAAACAUGUUUAUUGGAACGAGAUCCUCAAACGUAUAACGUUGUCACUUUACGUCCAUUGUCUGAUGUUUUUGCUCUUGUGAGAGAUCAGACCAACUUACAAUUAUUUUCUAUUGAAUAUGUCAAUGGGGCUAUAAGGACUUACACGGCAACUGAUAGAGAUGCUUUGUUAGCAUCGAUAUUGGAUGGGGUUCGUGGUUCAGGAAAUCGUGAUGUUCAUGUUCGUAUGACAAAUACACCAAGGGGUAAACGAUUAGGUCCUUUGCAUGUGCAUUUAGAAGAAGACGUCGAAGCUAUUCAUUUACGUUUUCUCAUAGCAGCAAAUAGUAAUAAAAAAGCUGAAGCAUUGGAAAGGUUGAAUGCUAAUGUACCCUACAGUGGUUUAGUGUAUUCUGUUAAUCAAGCUGGCAUGUUUUCUGAAAAUAAGGAACAUUUAAUUACAACAGCUCUUCAGUCACUAGUGCUGAAUGAUUCUGAGAUAAACUCUAUUAGUUCUUAUGAAUUAGAAGCUCUAUUUCACGCUUUGCGACGCUUAGUGGCAAGUAAAGUUGGAUUUGCUGCAUUUACUUCAAUUGCAAGUUUCCGUGAAGCUAUUGGCUCGUGUGUUGUGGGUGCUCUGAGACGGAACGAUGCAGGAGUGACCCAUGCUGCAAUCGAUAUGAUUUGCGCUUUAAUGCAUCCCAUGCAUGAUAAUUAUGACCUUAGACAGGAACAACUCAACAAAUCAUCAUUGUUACAAACUAAACAGUUUUUGGAAAGUCUGUUAGAUAUGUGGACAAAUCAUGUUACUUUAGGUACUGGUGCUCUAGUUGUGACUGCUAUGUUGGAUUUAUUGACUUUUGCUCUUUGUGUACCUUAUUGUGAAACAACUGAUGGAAAACACUUUGAUAUUUUACUCGAAAUGGUGGCUAGCAGAGGUCGAUCAUUAUUUAAACUAUUUCAGCAUCCUUCAAUGGCUGUGAUUAAAGGUGCUGGUUUAGUAAUGCGUGCUCUAAUUGAAGAAGGAACUAUGGAAGUGGCUAUGCGAAUGCAGAAUCUAGCAUUGGCAGAAGGUGCUUUGCCACGUCACUUGCUGUCCGCAUUGUACACCAGACCGACGGAUGGACGUCUGCUCACAUUGAGACAACUCUCUAGACAUCUCAUCAUGUUGUGGAUAACCGGACAUCCUGUGGCGAUGGCUUUGCUUAGGAGAAUAUUGCCUGCAGGUCUUCUUAGAUUCCUGGACUCAACUGAUAGUGUACCCUCAUCUGCACUAGAAGAAGAGAGGUUGAAUCAUAGAGACAACUUGAAAAUUGUUCAAGAUCAUGCGAUGAGAAAUAGAAAAGGAGCACAGUGGGAAGUUAUUGAAAGACAGUUUAAGAUUGUUGAAAAGAGAUUAGAGCAUUACACAAACUUGGCUCUCCAGCAUUGGGGAGCAAGAGUUGGCAUCGCAAUUGAAAGAAAAGAAAAAUUACGUGAACGUCCUAUAGUCCUGAGAAAGCGCAGAGAACGAGUAAAAUCGCAAUUAAAUUGGCCCAUGUUUUACUGGAAAUUCUCACAGGAUCACUCGUUGCCAAAUCUUAUUUGGAAUCACAAGACAAGAGAGGAAUUAAAGAAUGCCUUAGAAAAUGAGAUCAGGCAAUUUGCUAGUGAUAGAGAACUAGCGUCAGGAGCUUUGAUUGCCUGGAAUCAUACUGAGUUUGAAUUGACUUACCAGAGCUUGGCUGAUGAAGUGAGAAUUGGAGACUAUUAUUUAAGGCUGCUACUAGAGACGGAAGAUACAUCAGACUCGCCAAUUAGGAAAUCAUAUGAAUUUUUCAAUGAUCUCUAUCACCGUUUAUUGUGUUCACCAAAAGUUGAAAUGCGCUGUAUGUGCCUUAAAGCUAUGUCAAUAGUUUAUGGGAAGUAUUAUGAAGAUAUAGGACCUUUUAGUGAUACUAAGUAUAUGAUUCAAAUGUUAGAUCGUUGUACAGAAAGAGCAGAACGUGACCUCCUUUUGAUGUUCAUCAAUAAACUGGUUCUCCAUCAGCAUAACGUUCGUGACAUUUUGGAUGCUAGUGGUAUAAGAAUUUUAGUAGAUCUUCUGACAUUAGCUCAUUUGCACACUGUUCGAGCAGUUGUACCUAGUCAGAGCAAUAUUAUUGAGGCUGGUCCCGAUAUGGAGAAAUUACAGGAAAAAGAAUGGUAUUACAAUACUGAUAUUAGGGGUGACCCAGUUCGAAUUGGACCAAUUAGUUUUCAUGAGAUAAAAAACCUCUGGAAUACUGACAAUACCCCCCUAACUCCUCGAAGCCGUUGCUGGGCAAUGGGCAUGGAUGGAUGGAGAACUCUGAUGCAGAUACCUCAACUGAAAUGGUGUCUCGUAGCUAAAGGAAGUCCAAUUUUAAAUGAAUCUCAAUUAUCUGCAUUGAUACUUGAUAUUCUGAUUCGGUGCUGUAAAUUUUUUCCAAGCCGUGAUUCCGAUGAUGCAAUUAUCAGGCCAAUACCUCGAAUAAAAAGAUUAUUAGCCGAACCAUUUACGUUAGCGCAUGUGGUGCAGUUGCUUCUCACAUUUGAUCCUACAUUAGUGGAACGUGUAGCCACUUUGUUAUAUGAAGUGAUGAAAGAUAAUCCGGAAAUAUCAAAGUUAUAUUUGACUGGUGUAUUCUUUUUUAUUCUGAUGUACACUGGGAGCAAUGUGUUACCAAUAGCUAAAUUUUUGCAGUUGACUCAUUUGAAACAAGCCUUUAGGCCAGAUGACACAAAUUGCUCAGAUAUAAUGCAAAGGAGCAUCCUAGGCCAAUUGCUUCCGGAGGCUAUGGUCAGUUAUUUAGAAAAUCAUGGUGCUGAAAAAUUUGCACAAAUAUUCUUAGGUGAAUAUGAUACGCCUGAAGCUAUUUGGAAUGCGGAAAUGAGGCGAACAUUGAUAGAAAAAGUGGCUGCUCACAUAGCAGAUUUCACGCCCAGGUUACGCAGCCACACGAUGGCACGUUAUCCUUACGUUGCCAUUCCUGCUAUUCGGUAUCCACAAUUGGAGAAGGAAUUGUUCUGUAAUGUAUUUUACCUCAGACAUUUGUGUGAUACUGUUAAAUUUCCUGAUUGGCCUAUACCAGAACCAGUUAAAUUAUUAAAAGAUGUCUUAGAUGCUUGGAGAAAGGAAGUAGAGAAGAAACCACCAGCUAUGACUGUUGAAGAGGCCUAUGCCAGUUUAGGCUUAUUGUUCUCUGGUGUACCAGAUGAAUCCACUGUUCGAAAAGCUUAUUAUAAAUUGGCUCAACAGUUUCAUCCGGACAAAAAUCCUAAUGGAAGGGUUCGUUUUGAAGAAGUCAGCAAAGCAUAUGAAUUCUUAUGCAGUCGAUCUAUAUGGACUGGUAAUGGACCAAAUCCUGACAACAUUGUAUUAAUACUCAGAGCGCAAAGUAUUUUAUUUCAUAGAUAUUCAGAAGUGUUACAACCAUAUAAAUAUGCUGGUUAUCCACAAUUAAUUAAAACUAUUAAGCUAGAAACAGCAGAUGAACAGCUGUUUGCAAAGACCGAACCUCUGUUGUCAGCUGCUAGCGAACUGUGCUAUCAUACUGUGCAUUGUUCGGCACUUAAUGCAGAAGAAUUGAGGAGAGAAAAUGGCUUAGAGGUGUUGCUCCAAGCAUUCACUCGUUGUGUAUCAGUAUUAAAUAAUUCAUCCAAACCAAACGAAAUUAGUGUUCAAGUUUGUAUGAACAUCACACGUUGCUUUUCUGUAGCAGCAAAGUUUGAUAAUUGUCGUAACAAAAUGGUGGAAAUGGAGCAACUGGUGAUCGAUUUAUCGAGAAUUUUAUGUUUCAAGCAUUUAUCAAAAUUAUGUGCGGUUGCAACUGAAUGCAUAAGCGCUUUAUCGGAGGAUAGUCAUUUGCAAAUGCAAUUGCUGCACAAAGGUGUACUUUGGCAUUUGUUAUUAUUUCUGUUUCAAUAUGAUUUCACACUUGAAGAAGGUGGUGUUGAAAGGACAGAAGAAUCUAAUCAACAGGAGAUUAAAAAUCGAUUGGCAAAAUUGUCCGUGGAAUCUCUUGCUCGAAGGGGCUAUAUGAAAGGGGAGAAGGAAAGUCCUUUGAACAGUGUUGCUAGGAAUAUUUACAACAGCAUAUUAACUCAAUAUUUAGCCGACAUGCUCAAAAAUGAUGAACCCGAGGAGUUGUUAAAAAUAUUGAAUAGCAAUUGCAUGAAUCCAUAUUUAAUAUGGGACAAUAGCACAAGGGCUGAGUUGAAUGAGUUUUUAGAUACCAGGAUUCACAGCAAAGCUGGCCCGGAUGACUUGUGCACUGCAGUUGAUUUUAAAUAUGAAGCUCAUAAAGAUGAGUUGGUUAUUGGAGGCAUAUUUAUUCGGAUAUACAAUGAGCAACCUACUUUUACUGUGAUUAAUCCAAAAGGUUUUGCUAUUGAUUUACUAGAUUUUUUAAAUCGAAGUUAUCAGCAACUGGGUAAUUUGCAAACCCAAAUGCAAAAUCAAGGUAACGAAAGUGAUGCAUCCAGCAGGGCUGAAACUAUAUUAAAGGAUAUGGUUGCCGCACUAGAUUCAUUGAAAAAUGUUCUUCAAAACAAUGCCGGUGUGGAAAUUCAAUGCAUUGGGCAUUUUAGAUUGUUUUUUAACAUUUUAAGUAUGAGUCAAGUAAAACCUAUUCAGCAAAGCGUAUUGGAACUGAUAUCUCUCACUACUAAAAAUCAGGAAUGUGUUAAGGAUAUUGCAGCAAGUGAAGUGCUUGGCCAUCUGCUUCUAGCUUUGUUAUCUUUGACAGUUAGUCAAAUGACUUGCUUAGAAAUUCUUCAUGCUUUGCUGUCUACUCCUAAAUUAGUUAAAGAAGCCUUGGCUAAAGGAGCCGUCCUAUAUUUAUUAGAUCUGUUUUGUAAUUCUAACGUGCCUCAAAUUCGUGAGAUGUCAGCAGAACUGUUGGCUCAAAUGGGGGCAGAUAAGUUGAAUGGACCAAAGGUGCGAUUAGCACUUGGUCGUUUUCUUCCUCCUGUUUUUGCUGACGCAAUGAGGGAUUCUCCACAAGCAUGUGUCCACAUGUUUGAAACAAUUCAUGAAAACCCUGAAUUAAUCUGGGAUGAUGAUGCAAGACUGCGGGUUACUAAAUUAGUUGCUGAUUUUAAAAACAAGCAUUACAAAUUACAACAGCAGAAUCCUCAUGCAAUUUGGAAGUUACCUGAUUCAAAUGUUUUGAAUCACGCAGCAAAUCCAUCUGAAGUUGUGGUUGGUGGAGUUUAUUUACGUUUGUUCAUCUCAAAUCCAAGUUGGACUUUGAGGAAACCUAAAGAAUUCUUGUCUGAACUAAUGGACACAUGUCUAGGGUUAGGAAGUAAACCAGAAAAUGAGGCGGAGGUAUUGAAAAUGUCUGCCUCAGCAUUAUGCGCACUCUUAUCUGCCCAACCUUCGUUAGCAGAUGGUAUUCCUGCACUUGGCCACAUUCCUAGGUUAUUUAGGCAAAUGACAGUUCAUCCAAGUUCAACUGUUUUAGUAUUACGUCAAUUAGCUUUAAGUGAUAUUUGUGUAGGUGCAAUUACUCAAACCGAAUGCAUGCAUCCACUCAAACGAGCUAUGCAAACUAAACAAGAUAUUAUAGGUAUAGCUUGUGAAGCAUUAAAUAGAUUGUUUAUGUCGAAUCAAGAUCAAUUAGUAAAACAAGCUUUAGAUUCAGAGAUGGUCCCUUAUCUAUUAUCUCUUUUGGAAAGCCGAAUGAAUAACAUGGAAAACCCUGCCAUGACAAAAGCGCAAAUUGUGGGGGCAUUGAAAUCAAUGUGCACAAGCCAAAUUUGGGGAGAUAAAGUUGUAUCAAUACUAGAUUCUAAUUCUGUAUGGGCAGAGUAUAAGGAGCAAAGACAUGACUUAUUCAUUACUAACACUCAUGUGUCAGGAUACUUAACAGGUGGAAUGCCCACAACGGCUGGUUACUUGACGCAAGCGAUGCACAAGGAAAUUUCUACUGCUCCUCCCCCGCCGGACAAAGAUGAUCCUAUGGCUGUGAGACCCGACUUACUUUAGCCAAAGUUGCUAAAUAAUUCUUCAUAACCAUUAUACAAUUAUAGAGAGAACAGGAUUGAUAAUCUAAAAUAUUAUUCACUGCAAGUUUGUAUACAUUUUUGAAAAACUAUGAUUGUGAUGAACUUGUAUGACACAGUAAUUUUUUAUAUUGAUAUUCCGGUUUCUAAGAAAUGUAGAAAUGGCUUCUGGUUCAUUGCACAUAUAUAAUUGCUUUAAACUUGUCGAGAGUGAUGUGACCAAACAUCAUUAUGUAACUAAUAUUUGCCUUACUAUAUAUAAUCCUGUGAAAUGAUUUUGUACAUAUUGAAGAAUGUAUGGGUAAUAUUGAACAAAUUUUUUUGAUCAAAUACGUUUUUGGAUUAACAUCUGUCGAAAUUGAUAGAAUUUUAAGACUGGAUUUGCAAACAAUAGAUAGCGGUA